AUGGCAGAUCCCUCGAAAUAUCCGCAACAACCACCUUACCCUAAUGUUUCCGAUUACUCGCAAGAGCCCCAGGGUUCGUCAAAUGGUCAAGAUGAUGGCCAACAACAGCGCGGGCGGCAAACGAGCCAAGCGGCACCAUCGGGACUGGCCCCUUCGACGUAUUGGGAGAAUUCGGCACAAGGAUCGCGGAGCAAUGAGGGUACUGGUGAAGAUUUCGUCGACGACCCCAUGGCACUUCAGUUUGCUCUCCCACCAGACAUCAACCCACGACGCCCCUCAUCAGCUCAGCAGUACGCGAAUUCGAUCUACGAGCCUUCACAACCAUAUUAUAAUGAGCGGCCACAACUCCACAUACAUACCGACUCUAUAGACUCGGACAGAGCGCCGCUAGCCACCAAUGCGCAACCUAUAUCCGGAAACCUCGCCCCGGGACAUGAUGGGUUGAAUAGGGACAGUUUCCAGACUGUACGCGACAUGGAUACCAGCAGGGACAACAGGACGCUGGGGGCAGAUCUUGAGCAUAGCCAGAGGAACCGAAGCUUCGGCAAUUCGUUGAUGCCGGACGAUGGCGGCUUCAGGCGGUCUCGCACAAACUCGACUGCGUCAGGAGCCUUGUCGCGAACUGCAUCCAUGGUGAGGGCCAUGUCUCAGCGUGUUGUCAACAUCAGUGGUGAAAAUGAGGUGCUCGAGCAGCAGGCUCGACGUCGCUCUCGGUCACCUAGCGCAGAAAGGGGGCAUUUUGCAGAUGCUCCGAUCCAAAUCGACACUUCUUACCCGUCUCAGAUGUACCCGACCCAGGAGAAGCAUCCGGCGAGCCCUAACAUCAAUGAUGCGCCUCCUCCACCGACAUUUCAGCAGUUUCGACGGCCUCAGCCCAUGAUGAACCCCCUCAAGGGCAAGUCACUUGGCAUAUUUGGGCCUGAGAAUCCCAUCCGGAAGUCGUUGUGCAACAUACUCGUCCUGCCCUGGACUGAGCCUUUAAUUCUUCUGUUAAUUGUGGCCCAGGCGGUUCUACUGGCAGUUGAGGCGGCUCCUACUAUUGAAGAAGGCGGUCCUCAACGUGGCGACCGCUUUGGAUCAGCGAUUGACUGGGCCAUUCUGGGCCUGUUCAUUGUUUUCACCCUAGAAGUCAUCGCCAGGAUCAUCGUAUCUGGCUUCAUUCUCAACGCAGCCGAGUACAGCACCAUUGACCGGAACCGUGGGAUCAAAGUAGCCGUUUCUGACAAGUAUAAACAAAUAUUUCAGCCAACCAGGCAAAAGUCGAUCAGACGUCCGGCCCAGGCGGAACACUAUGGUCCAUCAACUUUUGCGCGCUCCAUCACCAUCAUGCAAGGCCAGGCGGUGCCCGAGACUAUCGAAGAGCAACAGCGGAUGCAGCUGGCACGGAGAGCCUUUUUGCGUCACGGCUUCAACCGUCUGGAUUUUAUAGCUGUUGUGGCUUUCUGGAUCUCCUUCGGCCUAAGUGUUGCUGGUCUGGAGAAGUCGCUGCAUCUCUGGGUCUUCAAGAUGCUGAGUUCACUGCGAAUCGUUCGAUUGCUGGCUAUCACUAAGGGAAAUGCUAUCAUUCUGCGCAGUUUGAAGAAGUCGGCACCGCUUCUGGUUCGAGUCUCGUUUCUCAUCGGCUUCUUCUGGCUUCUCUUUGCCAUUAUUGGCGUGCAAAGCUUCAAGGGGAGUUUGAAGCGCUCUUGCUUCUGGGUAAAUCCAGAACAAACGAACAACAUAUCUGCUGGAUUCCAAAACGACGAUGCUCAGUGUGGUGGCUGGCUGGACAGUUCGGGCACAAUGAAGGCCUGGAUUCGACUCCCACCCAAUGAAACCGGCGAGUCCGGGCAAUUGUUGAGCAAGCCGCUGUUCGAUUUCAAAGGCGAAGGCAGCCCGAAGGGCUUCAUUUGUCCACGCGGCUCUGUUUGUCUUGAGCAGGAUAACCCACACAACGGCACGGUGAACUUCGACAACAUUCUCAACUCUCUGGAGCUUGUGUUUGUCGUCAUGAGUGCCAACACAUGGUCCGACUUGAUGUAUCAAAUGACAAACACUGACUACCUUGCGGCCGCCCUGUACUUCGCCGCCGCCAUCGUUAUCAUGAUGUUGUGGAUGACCAACUUGUUGAUCGCAGUCAUCACGUCUUCCUUCCAGGUCAUCAGAGAAGAAAGCAAAGCAAGUGCGUUUACGGCCGAUGAGGACGCCUACCUUGUGAACGAACCUGAUGGGUUUCCGAAGCGGGUUUCCGGGCUCCAGAAGAUUUACAACAAAACAUGGAGGAUCUGGCCCAUCAUUAUCGCCUUCGAUCUUAUCGCCAUGGCCUGGCGCAGUGUUCGAAGCAGUCCAGAACGUAUUCGGUUCAUUCAAACCACCGAGCUGGUCGUUACCAUUUUGCUCGUGUUCGAAAUAAUAUACCGCUUUGCGGCGGAUUGGAGGGAAUUUCACCGGAGGCCAAGAAACUUGGUCGACCUCUUCUUGGCUGUAGCCACUGCUGUGAUUCAAAUUCCAAUUAUCCGGAACUCAGGGGAGACGUAUGAAUGGCUCACGGUUUUUCAGAUUUUGAGAGUUUACCGUGUGGUCUUGGCCAUCCCCGUGACCAACAAGCUGAUCCGCUUGGUAUUGGGUGGUAACGCGUCAGGUCUCGGUAACCUGCUCGUUUUCGUCUUCCUGAUGACAUUUUUAAUGUCCAUCUUUGCUGCCCAGCUCUUCCGCGGUGAACUUCCCAAAGAGGACGAUGACGGCGAGGAGUACUUGGUCAACUUUGCCUCCAUAUACAACUCUUUUCUGGGCAUGUAUCAGGUCCUGACUAGCGAGGAUUGGACCAACAUGCUCUACGCCAUCACGGGCGCCACCACGCAGUGGGGCACCGCUUGGAUUGCCGGCAUCUUUUUUAUUGGCUGGUUCAUCCUGUCAUACUUCAUUCUGAUCAACAUGUUCAUUGCUGUCAUCCAGGAGAAUUUCGAUAUCAGCGAAGAUCAGAAGCGUCUGGAACAAGUAAAGGCUUUUCUGCAGCGCAAAGAGCUAGGUUCCUCCAGCAGCCUUACGUUCUCCAGACUUUUCACCCUCGGCAAGCAGCCAAAGAAGGAUCCGCUGGACUAUGGCCCUGCCAUGAUGGAAAUGCUUCUUAAGGAAGCCGUUGUCAAGGACUUCCUCGACGAUCCGAAUAUUGAUCCUCUGCAGAGAGCACCCACGCUCAAGGAUAACAACCUCGCCGACGGCCCCAUAAUCAGUGGCGGCAAACUCUCGCAGCUUUGGCAAAAGACUGUUGCCAAAGUGACGAGCAGAGAUCCCAAUCCGUUCUACUCUUUCACGCGAUUCACUGGCACCAACGAGACUGUUGACCCGCGCAAAAUGGCUCGCGAUGCAGUUCAAGCCACUGCUGCCCGACGCAAGGCUCAGAGAGAGUAUCUAGCCCGUCACCCAACAUAUAACAACUCCAUGUGGAUCUUCAAGCCUAGCAACCCGAUAAGGAGGCUUUGCCAAAGAGUAGUUGGCCCAGGCCGAGGAAAUGAACGCUUUGAUGGAGUUGAACCAAAUAUAUAUGCCUGGUACAUCUUCUCUGCGUUCAUCUAUGCCAGCAUCCUCGCCAUGGUCGUCAUCGCUUGCGUUACUACUCCGUUGUACCAAAAAGAGUAUCGCGAUCGAAAAGAUUUCAAGUUAUCAAACUGGUUUGUCUGGACCGACAUGGCGUUCGCUGCCAUCUUCACUACCGAGGCACUCAUCAAAGUCAUCGCCGACGGUUUCUUCUUUACUCCCAACGCCUACUUCAGAAGCUCGUGGGGCCUGAUCGACGCUGUUGUACUGGCCACAUUAUGGAUCAGUGUCAUCACUGUGCUCAAGAACGAAGGUAGCAUCUCGAGGGCUGUUGGUGCUUUCAAGGCUCUCAGGGCCCUUCGUCUCCUGAACGUAAGCGACACGGCGAGGAACACUUUUCAUUCGCUCAUCAUUGUACAGGGAUGGAAGAUUCUCAGUGCUGCAUUCGUUUCGCUAUCACUGUUGAUCCCUUUUGCUCUGUACGGUCUCAAUCUGUUCCAUGGGCAAUUCGAGCAAUGCAACGAUGGCGAUGAUAUCACCUUCUUGAAGGAUUGCUGGGGCGAGUAUGAGAACGCGCCAAUUCAUGACGGGCACCCAAUCCUCGCUCCUCGCUCAGUGAACAACCCCCAGUACAGCUUUGAUGAUUUUGGCUCCUCUUUAUUCAUUCUUUACCAGAUUGUCAGCCAAGAGGGCUGGGUGGAUGUCUCCUUCACGGCUCAAUCGAUCAGCGGCAUUGGGAACCAGCCCAUCUUUGGAAACCAAAGGGGCAAUGGCAUGUUCUUUGUCAUCUUCAACAUACUCUCUACAGUCUUCGUGCUCACUCUGUUCAUCUCGGUGUUCAUGCGCAAUUACACCGAACAGACCGGAGUGGCAUAUCUCACAGCCGAGCAGCGGUCGUGGUUGGAGCUUCGCAAGCUCCUUCGCCAGGUUUCACCGUCCAAGACGUCUUAUGACGAGUCAAGAACGAAGUGGAAGAAGUGGUGCCACAAACGAGCCAUCGAAAAGAGGGGCAAGUGGUACCAAGCCGUGACGGUGGUGCUGUGCCUGCAUUUGACGCUCCUGGUUACCGUAUUCAUUGAUGAGCCGGAUGCGUGGUCCAGGGCGCGGGAGUUUGUCUUCUUGGCCUUCAACCUGGUAUAUUUGACCAACAUUGCCAUCAGGAUCACUGGUCUAGGCUGGACGCGCUUCCGUCGAAGCUCGUGGGACGUGUUUUCGCUUGUUUCCGUGUCGGGAACCAUCGUCACGUCUGUGCUGCACCUCUCUGACUCUGAAAGGGAGGUCUUCACACAAUUGCACAAAGUAUUCCUUGUGUCUAUUCUCCUACUCUUGAUCCCUCGCAAUGGAGCGCUUGAUCAGUUAUUCAAGACAGCGGCAGCCAGUCUCACUACCAUCGGUAAUCUGGUGGCGACUUGGUUCGUGUUUUACAUCAUGUUUGCCAUAGCGCUCACACAAUCCUUCAGCCUUACGCGCUUUGGGGCCGAAGAGAACAACAACCAAAACUUCCGUACAGUGCCCAAGGCGUUGAUGCUGCUCUUCAGAAUGAGUGCUGGUGAGGGUUGGAACACUAUUAUGGAGGACUAUGCCGAGAUUGAACCACCUAUGUGCGUGGAAAGCAGCAACUUUUUGAACAGCGACUGUGGUAGCAGGUCGUGGGCCCGCUGUCUCUUCAUUGCGUGGAACAUCAUCAGCAUGUACAUCUUUGUCAACCUGUUUGUCUCGCUUAUCUACGAGAGCUUCUCGUAUGUGUACCAACGCUCCAGCGGUGUCGACAUGGUGGACCGCGAUGAGAUUCGGCGAUUCAAGGAGGCGUGGCGGAGCAUAGACCCAGCCGGUACGGGCUUUAUCAGCAAGGAGGCCUUCCCUCGGCUGUUGGGUGAGCUCUCGGGCGUUUUUGAGAUGCGCAUAUACGACUCGGAGGACUCGGUUAGCCGUAUUCUGGAGGAUUGCCAGACCAACGGCGCUGCGACUGGGAGACACGCAUCGAUGAUAUCCCAGAGUGCAUACUCGGGUAUUGACCUUGCCAAACUCAACGAGCGCCUGGCUCGUAUCGAUGUCGCAAAAGUGCGGGAGCGGCGGCGUCGGUACAAUAUGUUCUUUGAGGAAGUCAUGGUCCUUGCGGAUCCCGACAAGGGCAUUGCCUUUAGCACGGUUCUUAUGAUCCUUGCCCAUUACAACAUCAUCAGCGACAGCAAGAGUUUGCGUCUUGAGGAGUUCUUGCGCCGUCGUGCCCGGCUUCAACGUGUUGAGGAGGAGGUUCGUAGAAGAGUCGUGCUUGGAUUCUUCGACACCUUGUUCUGGAGCAGGAACUUUAAACGCCACCUAGCAUGGAAGCGAUCUGGCCGCAUGACCGACAUUCCCAACCUCGACGUACCCGAGAUUUUCGUCGACGAUGAAGGCGGCGUCUCACCAAGAACGCGCGUCCACAAGUCCCUGCCUAUUCCUGCAACACCCUCAUCACCUCGGUCGCCGUUCCCGGCCCACAACCGUGACAGCCCAUUCCUCAGCCCGGAUCAUCUAUCAAACCAUCAACGGAAAUGGUCCGCUGCUAGCGCUGAUAUGGCAUCAUACAGCCCAGAGCUGAGCGGGCCGCACCCGCUCAGCUUCCCCCGGGCCGGUCAGGCAACGGGAGGGCACCAGAGAAACAACCCAUCAGCCUUCAGCUUUGAGCUACAGCAGCCAAGUAGUAACAGCUCGAGCAGGAGAGGCAGCACUUUGAGCCCGACGCAGGCGCGUGAACUGCUCGACGACUCAGUCUGGGUCGAGAGUAUUAGGAGGAGCACGACGGUCAGGCAAAGUGCCUGGGGCAGUAAGUCAGGUGCCCAUAGCCCCUCGGGUGCCGGUGGUGGCAACAGCAGAGACGGAUACUUUUAACAUGUCACUUGAAUGGCGGUACAUACUUUUAUGAUUUCACAACUUGUAAUCUUUUGAAAACUUACACUUGGCCAGCAUAUUUUUUAUGUUAGAUGAUAGAAGCGGAUCUGCAUUUAUUUUCUGGUUACUCUUCCUGCCUUAUCUUUGCAGCGUUUUCCCCAUAUACCUAGACCCCCAUUGUUCAUGGCAAGCAUUGCUCGAAUAGGCUUAAUCGUUCUUCUCUGUUAUUUUUCUGCGCUUGGAUUGUUGGCAUAGUUGAGCAAGGCAUGUAAAUUUGAGUCAUGUGAACAUAGAUAGUAUGAUAGAGCCACGCAUAUGCGCUACGAAUUAUCAAGAAAACGCAAACAAUCGC